AUGCUUUUGUAUGGAAUCUGUCGAGUGUUAUCUUGGGCUAUCAAAAGUGUUGAUGAUGAAGCCAGCAACGAUCAUCGCGAUUAUAGUGUUACCGGUGAUGACCAUCUCGUUAUCACUAUCAAGGAACUACCUGGUAUCGAACCCUCCGUUCUCGGAGCGAUCCCCAUUGUAGAUUUCAACUCUGGGGACAUUACAGACAGCUUCGAAUGCGUCGUUUGCCUAUCCAAGCUUGAAGACGGAGAAAAGGCCAUGCUUUUGCCGACAUGUAAUCACUGGUUCCACGCCAACUGCAUCGAGACGUGGCUUAACUUGCACUCUUCUUGUCCAAUCUGCAGAAACAUAGUUGGCUCGGGCCAAGAUUCCGAAGCUGGAAAUUAUUGGCCCAAUAAGGCCUAUAGCUGA